AUGCAGGGCAUUUCCAGCAUACAGACAACGCUAGCUAAUUUUAUGUUACGACUCGAUGGUCAGGGCAAGCAUCUAGAUGACAUUACUAAAGAAAUUAGAGCAAAGAACGGUAUUCAGGAGAGGCUAGAGAAUGUUCAGGAGCAGGCCAAUAAUACUAUCUACCUCGUAACAGAGUUGCAGGACAAUCAGAAGAAAAUGGAGAGAGAAUUAAAUAGACUGAAAGAUUACGUAGUUAAGCUUGAAUAUCGUGUGAACACGCAAAAUAGUCAAAUUAUCCACCUCAAAUCAAGAUCAAUGGAGAACAAUAUUAUUAUCAGUGGGUUGGAGGAAAAAGGUCCAGAGAGAAAGUCCCCGGAAAAUCUUGCUAAUAUUCUUAGAAAUGUUUUCAUAUCUGAAAUGGAGAUGGAAGAGGCCACAGUUAACGAACUCCGAAUAAACAAACUUUUCCGCAUGGGGGAGUAUGAUGUACAAAGAAAAUUCCCGAGACCCAUCUGUGUACAAUUCAGUGAUAAGACUCAAAAAGACCUUCAACUCUACGAAGUUCAAAAGAAGUAUGCGGAACGCAGUAUCGAGUCAAAAAUCAAGGGUGAUAAACUUGUAUUUACGCAAAGCAACUCCGUUUACCGGGAGAAAGUCGGACCUUUGCCUACCGCAGACGAAGUGAUCACAGAUGACGUGGUAAAUACUGCCGUUAGUACAGGGAAGUCCAUAGAAGAUAACGGAAACCGGUUCAUAGCACACGCUACACAGGUCGACUCCUACAAACAGAUCAAGAAAUCGCUGGUGGAUAUCAUGCGUGUCGAGACUGUGCCAAGCGCAAGUCACAAUAUUUACGCCUACCGUUUCUCAAGUAGUGAUGGAGUGGUGCACGAAGGCUCAAAUGACGAUGGAGAGCAUGGAGCCGGUAGGUUGCUAUUAAAAACGCUGGCCGAUAACGAAAUUAACAAUGCACUUGUAGUUGUGUCAAGAUGGCACGGAAAUAACAUCGGACCCCGUCGCUUCUCGCACAUUAAGGAAGCAGGUCUCGGUGCGGCAAAGAAGUUACCAGUCUCAGUUUGAUAUAUAUGUUUCAAUCUCGCAUAUCAGGUGAAUUCCGACAGUUAUUUGAGUGGAACACUAUCUUGAACC